GUAAAAGAAUAUCAAAAAGGGAAAGAAAAUAACAAGGGGCCAAAAACAUUGCCUGGACUUCUCGUGGUAAAUCUACAAAGCGUUCGCUUCUUUGGAAGCCACUGUGAGAUGUAUGAAUGCAUAACUGUUAGGUCUCGAGGAAAGGAGCUCAGACGGAGCCCCAAAACCAAAAGCCAAAAAAGUAAUGACUUGGUCUUCAUAUUCUUCUUCUUCUCUUUAGCUGCUAUCGAUCCCCCACUGUUUGCAACAUCAUAAUCAGCAUAUUCCUUCUGCAAUUUCAUCUCCCACAAUCUACGUCUCUCUCUUACUGUUUUGCUUACUGGGUCUCAUCCACGGCCGUUUCAGGUUUUCGUAGAUAAGAUUAGCAAAGAGGGUAGGAAAAGCUGCCAUGCAGAUCUAUUGUCGUUGGUUUGUUUUGCAAGAGAAUUUUGAUAUACAGCAUUAUAGGAAAUAAGGUUACCCGAUUCUACAUUGGAUCACAUUUUCAAUCAAUAAGUGUCUUGCGAAGACGUUAUCAGCUUACUGAAUCUGGGGCUGUUGUCCGCUCAGUUAAGUUGGUACCGUCUUUGCAUCAUGCCAUAUUACAUUCAGAGACUCUACAAUACCUGCAGAGCAGCAUUUUCACCAAAUGGCCCCGUAUCAGAAGAAGCCAUUGAAAAAGUUCGUGCUAUGCUAGACAAAAUCAAGCCUUCUGAUGUAGGUCUCGAACAGGAGGCACAAUGGGUGCGAAAUUGGUCGGGUACUGUGCAUGAGCGUAAUGGAGGCCCUCAGUCUCUUCCACCAAUCAAAUACUUGCAUUUACAUGAGUGUGACAGCUUCUCUAUAGGAAUUUUCUGCAUGCCACCUUCCUCAAUCAUACCUCUUCAUAAUCAUCCUGGAAUGACUGUAUUGAGCAAGCUUAUCUAUGGUUCACUAUUUGUUAAUUCGUAUGACUGGCUUGAUUUACCUGAGCCAGCUGAUCAUUUGGAAGCAAGACCUGCAAAGCUUGUAAAAGAUACUGAAAUGACAGCACCCUGUCCAACAACAAUUCUUUAUCCCACAAGUGGAGGCAACAUCCAUAGUUUCAGAGCUCAAACUCCAUGUGCCAUCUUUGACAUCCUAGCUCCACCUUACUCUUCAGAACAUGGACGGCACUGCACUUAUUUCCGGAGGUCCCCAAGAAGAGAUCUACCCGGUGAUCUUGAAUUGGGUGGAGUUACAGUAUCCGAAGUGACAUGGUUAGAAGAAUAUCAGCCUCCUGACAACUUUGUGAUUCGGAGAGGGCUGUACAAGGGUCCUGUUAUUAGAACUUGAGAAUUCUUAUUUGAUGUUCCAUACCAUUUUAGUUGAAUUUGCUUCACAUGAUAGGAAAUUGAGGGGGAACUUUAGUAUAUGAGUGGUUCAUAUCAUAGCCAAUUGCAUUAAUGGUUUUGGCUAUGUAAGGUUGGGGCAUUUGUCUUGUUGUACAUAAUAAUAUACACCAAUAUAGUCUUUUGAUUCGCUGACCUCACGGUAAAACUCAUAGAGAAGUCGCUGAAAGUUGGGGAUAAACGUAUGGUGAAUGACAUUCUUGUCAAGAAUUGGUUUUUGUUUGAAGACAAUAAUCAUAUUUAGAUCUAAGUUUUUCCCUUGAUUCUUAA